AUGACUGAGCCCUGUCAACCUCAGUCGCUUGGCCUGAGUUUCCUGGAGGCAGGAACACAGAAUGGUCCCAACUAUUCACAAGUUCUUCGCAGCGAACCAAUGGAAACGGAAUCGAUAAUCCGUGAAAGAGUGCUCAGUUGUCCUCGAAACACAGGCCAAACGGAACCCAUCAGUGGCACAAUUGCUGGAACAACCACCAACAGCAUGCCUUGCACUGAAGAAGCACCUUUGAUGUCCAGCCACCAUGUCGGAUAUCCGACAUACCACGCCAAACCUGCUUCCGGUUAUGACUACACAAAAAUUCCACAACUUCCUCAACAAUCCCACCCGGGACUCGGUUAUUACGGGCACCAUUACUUCGGAAGUGCCGGCCUUCAAGCAGCAGAGUCAAAUGAGUCGCAGAAUUAUUGGCAAUCGAACGGACAUCAGGUACAAAAACCGGUUUAUCCGUGGAUGACGGAGUUUCGCAAUUCAACAGCUAGUGUCGCCAAUAAUUCUCCGGGAUGUGCAACUAAAAGUGUCGCGAUUGUCACGUCGACAGCACUGAACAAGACUGUUAUCCCGACGCCCUGUGAACCAUUGGAUGUCGAGAACCCGACGAAGCGAGCGAGAACGUCAUACACUUCCGCCCAGUUGGUGGAAUUAGAGAAGGAAUUUCACUUCAACCGGUACUUGUGCAAGCCUAGAAGAUUAGAGAUGGCUGCUGAGCUGGAUUUGACAGAGAGACAAAUUAAAAUUUGGUUUCAAAAUCGACGAAUGAAGUUUAAGAAAGCCGUGCAAUCCGGGAAGUCAUCGCCGAGCACAGGGCUCGUCAACAGCAACAGUCCCCAACCAGCUUCUGAUGAAACCCCAGAGCCAUCUGCGACCACCCCGGAAGCGAAACCCGCAUCAAAUUCAGUCCCAGAACUGAAACCCAUCGACACCCGACCAGAAGGCGGCGGCGCGCUUCGGAUUCGUAGCGUUUCGUCUCUCAGCGAAUCCUCAAAAACCCCUCAUCACCGGGGUUGCGACGUUGGGCCGCAUUUCCGUGGGUGUCACCGUGACUGGAAUCUGGAGGUUCUCUCCAAAUCCUGUCCUGAGGCGAUCCCAGUCGCCAAGAAACCCGAAGUCGAACCCGCAAACCCGGCGCCGACUGUCGAGGCGACUCGUUGGCCGGAAAAUUAUCCGGAUUCCGGCGAUUACCCCCAGGCUUACCCCCGAUACAGCGACUAUUCGGCUUACUAUGGACACAACUACUACUAUCAGCAGAAUUACCAGGGCUACGUCCAAGGGUAUCCCGCUGCUAAUAAUGUCAAUCAGUCCGAAUUCCCCGCGGGUUAUUACAACCAGCAAGCGACGGUUUAUCAUCAUCAUCACCAAUGGUUGAAAAAUCACCAUCAGCAACAGUCGAGGAAUUCUGCAAAUAACCCGUGUAGAUUCACAGGAAUGCAAAGUACCUCAGAAGAAGACGGGUCCAGCGAAGAGGAAGUCCCAGGAUUGCAUUGA